AUGCAGAACCUCUCAGAGGGUUUACUUGAAGCAGUAAGAAAAGCAGCUGAGAUCACUGAACUGGAAUUGAAGCUCUGUACAUGUACAAGGAUUCUAAAUGAGAUUGAGGCCUUGCAUACACAGUGGCAGGCUGAGGUGGAGGUCAAACAACAAUUGACAUUUGCUGCAGACCAAGCAUUCACUAUGAAGAGCUUCACCGACGCAAUCACCACCAUCAAUAAGAAUAGAGAAAACCAGAUCUUAGGCCUGCAGCAGGAGAUCAAAUGUUUACACAGACAGGUGACUACACUGAACCUGGAGGUCCCAUCAUGA